AUGAUUAGAGAUGCACUUAGUGCUUAUGCUUCAGCAAGCUAUUCCGGUCUUAUAUUAAGUGUGGGUGGCUCAGUUACCGGCGAUCGCUUAAAAGCACAUGGCAGCUUCACACACAACUAUCAAAAAUCAGAGCAGGCAAAAACCAUCUUGCACACUAUCAGGACUGGGGGGCCACAAGAGGUAAGUGCCUUGCCUCUUUGGAAGAUGGGUCUUUUGACAUGUAAUAGCACCUGGGCUCUCAUAGAUAGAGGAAAGUCACUAUCAACAGAUUUUGUUGGAAUCUGGACGUUGAUUCCUAACCAUCAAGGUGAUUUUCAGAAACCAGAUGAGAUUGAAUCAUCUUUGAUAACUGUCUGGGAAAGGAUGAGUGGCUAUCUUGAAUCCAGAGACCAAGAACGAAGAGUCAUAAAAGGACUCGAUGCAUUGGAUCUGCUAAUUGAAAAAAUUGGAACUUGGAAUUCCCACCCAAUACCACCUGAGAAAUGCAUUAAAUAUCUCCAAGAGAUUCUGAAAACGGUACAACAAGUGGAGACACAUACAGGAUCAAACAACUACUGGGAGCUCAAGGUAUGCACAGAAGUGAACAUAAGCAGCUUUCUAGGAAAUGUUGUGGAACUGAGAGAUAGGUUUAGCCCUACAGACGCGUCAAUGAUACGAUAUUUGUUAAGGAAGCUGGUCAAUCCUGUUGGAUUCAGAGAGUUUCCUAGCAAACAAAAUAUCAUGAAGUGGGUUGAGAUGACGGUAGAAACAGUGCAGGUUCCAGCUAUAAUGGCUAAGGCUAGUAUCAAGAACAUACCUGAAUUUAUGAGCAAUCUGAAGGAAAUAUUCAUCCCGACACUGCUAAAAGAACACGUGAGUAAUGCAGAGGGAAAUGUGCUGGUAUCUGACAGUAUUGAUACAGCAGCAACAGCUGACUUGGCAAUUUGUGUUGAUAAUCUUAUAAAGGAUUUGAAAUCAUCUGAAGAAUUACACGAAAUGUUCUUUUUGCAAGUUGCACUGUUGUCUAUUCACUACCAUUGGUCUAAAAUGAAGUUUGACAUGUUGCUAACGAUGAAGAACCUACAAGAUUUUGCCCAGUCCAUUCAAAUGUGUUGGAAGGAGUUUGAAGAAAAAAAGAAGAAAGGGAUGAUCCAGCUCGAGGCAUUUCUUAUCCACAAAACACUAAUCUCUGACCGCUUCCAUGAAGGAAGGGAAACAUCAGAAGAUGAAUUCUCUGAUAUGAUUAAGGAUAUCAGACAAGUGUUAUCACCACAAGUAAACUCGGUACUGAGUAGGUAUGCCAUCAUUUCGCCCUUUAAUUGGGCAGAGAUGACCAGUGUAACUGCUGAACUGGCAAAGGGGAAUAUGUCAGUUUCUGAAGAGAGCGAAGUGAAUAUCGCUGAUCUGGAAUGUAUAGCUAGCUCCACAGACAGAAAAACACGACAAGAAAAAACAGUUAAGAAAAUCAGUUUUGGGGGUGCAGUACAAGGUGACUUUUUAGAUAUCCUAAAGACCCUAGGUUUAGAAAAAUGGUAUCCAUCUAAAAUUUCUUUUGGGGAUGCUGUUGUCAUUAAAAAGGAAUAUGAGCACAAUAGGUUGGUUGACCUUCCCUGGUUGUUUAUACACAAACUCCUUAUGAUUGAUUUUCAUGCAAGAGACAAACUUUUGUCAGAAGUGAACAAUUCAUUAGGAGAAGAGACACCUGAUGAAGAGGUUGACUUUGACUUAGAGACUGCUCUUGAAAUGCAAACCUCUAGUGUUGAUGAGGAACAGGCAAAAAAUAUCAACACUUUAGAUGCCCUGGUGACGAUAUUUACAUGUUGCGAUAACUUUCUGAAACAAACACUUGCUCAGAAGCUAUUUGUUUGCAAACUUGCCAUUCCUUUCAUGUACCCUCUCGGGUCAGGAGACAAGGUUGGGAUGUCAUUGUGGGCACUCAGGACAAUAAUUGUUCAGCACAAAGAAGCCUCACAGAUGUCAGUGACAGAAAAAGAUUUCCCCGUGGCGACGUUCGUCAGAUUAGGAAGGCCACCAGUGUCUAAAUCAAAGCUGGUGAAUGAUAUUCUUAGUGAUGACAGUCAUGACACAUUCGUCCACCGUGAUUGCAACAAUGGUACCAUAUCUAGAAGGAUCUCGGAUGGUCUUGUGCAAUGUUCCUGGUUUAUUACAUCAGGCAAGGAGAAUCAACAUCUACCAUGUACAACAAUGUUCCUGAAUUUGAGAGGCGAUGCUUCAUCAAUGAAGAAACAGAUGCAGAUAUUGCUGGAAAUAUCAUCUGUAGUGUUUGUUGUAGUAAGUGCUCAAGACCUGGCAAGAACCAAAAACAGCAAGACAUGCCAACAUAUUUUGCAAUCAUGUGGCAAAUGUAUUGUCUUUUUGACGAGUGAGAACAAACAAGAACUACACAUAUGUCUUGAGGCAGUGGGAAAGGACAUUUUGAAAGGAGUGCCCAUUAUCUUAUCCAGUAGCCUGAAAGGCAUAAAGAAAAAUGCAAGUGAAAUCAAAACUAAAGCCAGAGGAAUGCUGUCAGACGCAAUCACUAGAUGUUCUGGUAUUGUGAUAGAGGAUUUUGCCCAACGUGCCAAAGAGUUGGGGAUCACUGUCGAUGAGUACAAUGAUGAAGACUGCAUUGAUGGUAAGGUCCUUGCUGAAAAGGUUGUAAGCCACAUGGCAGGAAAACAAAUCUUUGAAUGCAAAGACAGCCUUCUUCCGCUACAAGGUGCUGAAUGGAUCGGUUACUGCAAGCUACAAAAGAGGCAGCACAGAACAAGUGGAAAAGGAUCUGAGUCUUCAUCAGCAUACCACGCAAAUCAACUGAAGCAGCAGAUGAACGAUUUACGUAAAAAACAAGUGCUAAUAUGCAAUUCACUUACUCCCUUCAUCAAUGACUUCAUAAAAACUCUGCAAAAGAAUUCAUAUCUUGUUAUGUAUUCCCUGAAGUGGAUGAAUCUCUUACUGGAUGGGAAAUCAAGAACCAACUUACCAGCUCUGCGCAGGGAGUAUAACAAGGUAUGGACCAAAUUUCAGAAGGCCAAGAAUAAUCCACAAAUAACGAAUGUGGAAGACCUAAAGUCAGAGGUAGAUGAGGCUGAAAAUAGGCUUGCCAGAGCAUCACUUGGACUAGAGAACCUUUUCAGAGAACUAGGACAGAUUUACGAAGCGGUGGAGGGUAGUGGUAAAAUAGGAAAAACCACAAAGGAAGGCCUGGGGUAUCUGCCAGAAAAAGCUGCCGAUCUCCUGUUGAAAGGCAUUCCCUUGGAGCUGGUAGAUGGUGACGCAUCAAGUGUACCAAUUGCAUGGGUGAGCGCAGUGCUGACUAAGCUAGGAAAUAUGAUCGGCGAAAAAAAGCUAUUUGUUCUCUCUGUGUUGGGCAUCCAGAGCUCUGGGAAAUCUACACUCCUAAAUACCAUGUUUGGGUUGCAGUUUGCCGUUAGUGCAGGGAGAUGCACAAGAGGAGCAUACAUGCAACUCAUCCCAGUAGAUGAUAAUGCUGGUCUGCCAUUUAAUUACGUGGUUGUCGUGGAUACGGAGGGACUUCGAGCUCCAGAAUUAGGACAACUUAAGUAUGAGCAUGAUAAUGAACUUGCAACCCUCGCAAUUGGUCUGGGUGAUGUGACAAUGAUUAACAUCAAAGGGGAAAACACAGCCGAGAUGAAAGACAUUCUCCAGAUUGCAGUGCAUGCCUUCUUAAGGAUGAAUAUUGUGGGGAAACACAUCAAAGACCAUAGAACCUGCAUAUUUGUUCAUCAGAAUGUCUCGGCAGCUGAUGCGGAAGAACUGAUGAUGCAUGGUUCACAGAAACUACAGGAGAACUUGGAUGAUAUGGCAAAAGAAGCAGCCAUCAGUGAAAACAUAGCAAACAUUCACAGUUUCUCCCAGGUUAUCGACUUCGAUGUCAAUAAACACGUCUGGUAUUUCUCUGAUCUCUGGCAUGGCAAUCCACCAAUGGCGCCUUCAAAUCCUGACUACAGUAAAACAGUAGGUGAAGUCAGGUUGCAGCUUCUGUGGGAGAUCGCAAAGAGGAAAACAACAUUUCUAACUGCUUCUAAUUUGUCGAUUCGCCUUUCUGAUCUCUGGAAUGGGGUCCUUGCCGAUGACUUUGUCUUUAGCUUCCGUAACAGCCUUGAGGUGAAAGCCUACAACAGCUUGCAAUCCAAAUACUACACAUUGGAAUUGGAGUUGCAAAGCAAAAUUAAAUCUUGGUCACGCACCGCAGAGAACAAGUUGAAGACACGUGAAACAGUCGGUGAACUAGAUACUUGUUUUAAGUCCCUCACCAUCGAACUCAACGAUGUCCUGACUGAAAAGGCUGCCGAAAUCAAGACAUGUCUAACUGAUUAUUUCGAGAACUGCGGCAUGAAGGAAAUAAUUAUCCAGUGGGAACAGUCUAAACUGAACCAACUUAAUUUGACAGUUGAACAACAACACAACGAGUGCAAGACAGAUCUGUUUUCAAUCAAAGAAGCACGCCUAGUCGAAAUCGAGCAGGUGCAUAAAUGGGCAGAGCAUGAAUUAUCUAUCAUGAACAAAGCAAUUGAAAUGGCGUACAAAUUUAAAGGCAAGAAAGUUUCUGAUGCUGAACUGCUGAGGAAUUUUGAUAUCAUGUGGAUGUCAAUGGUGAAAGAGUUUUCCACACAAGCCACAGACAAGGAACUUAGAAUGGAUUUAGUGAUGGAGGGAAUUCUUUGGGAAAGACUCGGAGCCAACGGAACCUUUCUUAAAAAAGAGUUACAACUACAGCCUCUGGAAAGUCCACUUGAGCAUACGUCCUUGGAAAGCAGUAUCACUGGAGAUUUCGUCACAAAGAAACACAUUAGUUUGAAAAAACAUCUUCUUGCAAGAGCAUACGAUACCCUCGUUGGUGACAAAAGCCCAGAAUUUGAUGCCAGACAUAAGACAAUGGUAUUGACAAGCAGCAUCCUGAAAGAAAUCAACGGUGAUCUAAAAGGCCUUACUAAACACGAGGUGAAAUUUCAAACAUCUCAUGCCAAAGAGGUCAUACACAAACUCGUUGAGAAAAUUGAAUCUCACAAUAAAAAGGCACAAACGUCAGAAGACUGCCAUUUCACAAUUCUCACUAAUUAUGUCGUUAAAUUAGCAGUUCAUGUUAGUCGCCACUGUGUCCAGGUGUUUACUCUGAUGCAAAUAGAUUACAACAACAAACAUGGUGUUGAAGCCAAGCUAAAAAACUUCAGAAACGCCGCCUGGAGUCUUUUCAAGAACGAAGUUAAACAUAGCACUGAGGAGGUAUCGGCAGGUGACCUCCUUUGCACGCAUUUAGCGAGAAUUAUUCACAUGGAAGUACGGAAGGAAACUCCAGGAACAUGCAGAGAUGAAGUUCUCAGAGACUUUCAGCUGUCAAAGUAUUACUUGAUGGUGAAAAUGAUGGAUGACCUAGCUAAAAAAGGAAAUUUCAAGAAUUUCAAAUCUUACAUCACAGAUGCCAAAGAGUUUGCCUUAGACUGGAUUACCAAGUACACAAAUGAGAAGAUGUUCUCGAUCACAGAUUCAAUUGGCAUGUCCAGGUAUGCACAAAUAACGAAGAGCCAUGUUGAUAGGAUCAUACGAUGUAUUGCCGAAAGUGUUCACCAUGCAACUGCUGAGGUCGAAAGGAAGAGUGGCGCGGACAUGGUACUGUGGAUUCACACGUUCUGUCAAAGAGUGUCAGAGGAAAUAGCGGUACCAGUUAGCAGCCUGAACUUAGUGACUGCUCGAGAAGUGAGGAAUUUCAACAAUUUUCAAGGGAUCAUAUUGGACCAGCUGAAUGAAAUUCAAAGUGAUCUGGACAAGCACUUUGUUUUAACAACAGAACACUCUGUUAAUUGGGAUGGAAUACCCCCAUCAGAACGAAUUCUCGAGAAGAUUUGGGGAUGUCCUGAACAGUGCCCAUUUUGCAACGAACCCUGUGCAGACAUUACACCUGGUCAUUAUGAAUUAUCUGGGAGAAGCCACAUGUGUGUGCAGCACAGACCAGGAGGGGUCGCAGGACUACGUUGGAAAGGUAGAGAACAUGAAUCCGCCCGAGAAAACGAGCUGAUUAUUGAGGGCUGCAACUAUUUCGUACAAUGGCAAGGCAUGGAUUUUCUUUGCGGUGCUUGCAAAUAUAGGUGCCGACAUUACGGAAAAUGUAAAACUACAGAGAGCAAUAAAGUCUACCACAGUUAUAAAGAAUACAAGACUUACCUGCAGGACUGGGAUAUAGCUCCUGAUCCCACCAAUAGUGUAUCGAAAUAUUGGAUGCGGUUUAUGGCGAUGUACGAAUACCAGCUCAAAGAUAUGUAUAGUGCCAAAUUGCCUGACAUACCAGAACCAUGGAGUCUAGAUGGUACACCCGAAUGGAUAACAUCAACCCAACGUCUAAGGAUAAUUGCCAUGACGCAGUGGGACUUGCAACAGCAUACUAACAGCGUAACGAGAAUUGUUCCACUACGCGGAAUUGAGAAUGUCCUAAGUCCAAGUAGCGGAAGCGCCGUUACAGUGCGUAGUAAUGACGCAGUAAGUAGCUACAAACAGCUCAAUCUUCGUUGCAUAGACAUAGCGGAGACGGGAAAAACAUAG